GGCGUGAGUUUGAGCUGCGCUGGGCUGGCAUCUGCACUCCGACACUGCACCUUUACUGCCACCAGCUCUCGUCUGUCUCUUUGUCUGUAUACCCCUCCUCCGUUUCUUUGUCUCUCACUUUCCACGCCUUGUGUUUCCUGUAUAUGAGUCUCCCGUCUGUGGUGCCCAUUCAGUCGGUCCUGCUCCACACUCUCCUUGGCUUUUGCAUUUCCUUUGCGUUCUCUCUUUGGCACACCAUGCCUCAUCACAUGCGGCCCUCGAUCGACCUGCCGGCCCCGACGCUGGCGGUGCCGCGCAGAAUGAAGUCCAACCCCGUCUUGACCGGCAGCCGGAGCUCCUCGGCCUCGUCGGAGGAUCUCUUCUCCCCGGUGCUGGAGUUGGAUACCCCGAUGACCGAAUACCCCCUGGGAUCCCCCUCCCCCAUGUCCUAUCCCCGGGAGGAUAUCGAGAUUGCCUUCCUCCGCACCCAAGCCGCCCUCAAGAAGUCCUCCCUCCUCAAUGACCGCUUUGCCUCGACGCUGGACCACCUCAGCGCGCGGCCCCUCGACGAGCACGCGCUCACGGAGCAAGUCCGGAGCCUGGCCGCCUUCGUGCGCGAGGUCCUCGACAGUGUCGACCAGGUGCAUGAGGACGGCCCGCAAGACAUCCUCAAGAAGUCCCUGCGCGUCUUCCAGAAGCAUCUCUUCCAGGAUGAAGAGAUCCACAGUGUCCUCGCCGCCCUGCCGCUGGAGACCGAGGAGCGGUUCCAGAUCCUCCGGACCUACCACCAAGCCCUCAGUGUGACGCAGUUGGUCUCCCCCAAGUGGAGCAGCAGUCUGCUGACCGAUGCGCUCACUCGACGUGCCACCCUCGUUACCGUCUUCAACGGGCAGGGGGUGGAGGGCUACUUCGACGAACUGCAGCAUCUCUACGACACCUACCCCGGCCAGCUGGCGGAGCCCUUGGUCACCCUGAGCAAGCAGCUGAAGGGGCUGGCGGCCGACCCCCGCGCCCACGGCAUGUACCCCCAGGGGCUGGAUGUCCUCGCCUGGCUGGAGCAGCCCGAGACGCGUCCGUCGGCCGACUACCUCCUCGCGGCCCCCGUCAGCCAGCCCUUGAUCGGCCUGGUGCAGCUGCUCAACUACUACAUCACCUGCAAGAUCCUCCACAAGACCCCCGGCGAGUUGGCGCGCCACCUCAGCGGCGCCGCGGGCCACUCGCAGGGCAUCGUGGUGGCCGCCCUCCUGGCCACCGUCGUCUCAUGGCCGAGCUUCUUCGACGCCGCACGCACGGCCCUGCAGGUGCUGUUCUGGAUUGGAUGUCGGGCCCAACAGUGCUACCCCCCGAGCUCCAUCCCCCCGGCCCUGGUCGACGCCUCCGAGCGGCUGAGCCCGAUGUUGAGCAUCAAGGGGGCCACCCGCGAGCAGCUGCUGCAGCAUCUGGCCGAGCAUAACAAAUACCUCCCCCCCACGCAGCAGGCCGCGCUGGCCUUGCUCAACGGCCGCCACCAAUUCGUCGUCGCCGGCGACCCCCUUUCCCUCUACGCCUUCGCCAACAAGGUGCGCAGCGCCUCCAACCCCUCCGGCGCCGCUGCCUCCCCCCCCUCUGCCCGCGUGCCCUUCAGCCAGCGCCCCCCGGUCAUCACGGCGCGCUUCCUCCCCAUCUCCGUCCCCUUCCACACCCGGCUGCUCGACGAGGCGGCCGCCCAGAUCCUUGAGGACCUCCAGGCGCUGCACAUCCCCGGCACGAGUCUGCUCUUCCCGGUCCUCCGCACGGACAACGGGGCCGACCUGCGCGAGUACGACAACCUGAUCCCCGAGCUGGUGCACAUGGUGGUCUGCGGGGUGGUCGACUGGGAGAAGGCCACGCGGUUUCCCUCGGCGACGCACUUCCUGGACUUCGGCCCCGGCCGCGAGACCGGAAUCGGGGCCUUUCUGGCCUCCGCCAAAGCCGGCACGGCGGCGCGCAUCCUGCUGGCCACCACCCUGAGCGGGCCCAGCAAGGCCCUGGGCUACAUGCCCGAGCUCGUCCGCCGCAAGCGCGCCCCCGUCUACAACGCCAGCUGGGAACAGGCCUUUGCCCCACGGUUGGUGCGGGUGGGGGAGGAGAUCCUGCUCGACACGCGGUUCUCGCGCCUGUUAGGGCUGCCCCCGGUCAUGGUGGCCGGCAUGACCCCCACCACCGUCGCCCCGGACUUCGUCGCCGCGGUGAUGAACGCCAACUACCACGUCGAAUUCGCCGGCGGCGGCUACCACAGCGCGGACCAGAUGCGCGCCGCCCUGACCCAGCUGGUCGAGGCCAUCCCCGCCGGCCGCGGCAUCACCUGCAACCUCAUCUACGCCAACCCGCGCGCGAUGGGCUGGCAGAUCGCCCUGCUGGCCCAGCUGCGCCGCGAGGGCGUCCCCAUCACCGGGCUGACGAUCGGGGCGGGCGUCCCCUCGACCGAGAUCGCCAGCGAGUACAUCCGCGACCUCCGUCUCGCCCACAUCGCCUUCAAGCCCGGCAGCAAGGAGGCGGUCGACCGUGUCCUGCUCAUCGCCGCCGCCAACCCCCGCGUCCCCGUCCUGCUGCAGUGGACCGGGGGCCGUGGCGGCGGCCACCACUCCUACGAGGACUUCCACGAGCCCAUCCUCGACCGCUACGCGCAGAUCCGCGCCUACCCCAACCUCAUCCUCGUCGCGGGCAGCGGGUUCGGCGGGGCGGAGGACACCUACCCCUACCUGACGGGGGCGUGGAGCACGGCGCUGGGCUACGCGGCGAUGCCGUUUGAUGCGAUCCUCGUGGGCAGCCGCGUGAUGACGGCCCGCGAGGCGCGCACCAGCCCCGCGGUCAAGCAGGCGAUUGUGGCGACCCCCGGCGUGCCCGACGCGCAGUGGGAGGAGACCUACCGGGGCGCCGCGGGGGGCGUCAUCACGGUGCAGUCGGAGAUGGGCGAGCCGAUCCACAAGCUGGCGACGCGCGGCGUGCGCCUGUGGGCGGAGCUGGACCGCGAGGUCUUCUCGCUGCCCCCGGCGCAACGAGUCGCGGAGCUGCAGAAGCGCAAGGCGAGCCUCAUCCGUCGGCUCAACGCCGACUACGCCAAGGUCUGGUUCGGGGUCGACCGCGACGGCCAGCCCGUGGACAUCGCCGAGAUGACCUACGCCGAGGUGCUGCAGCGCGCGGUGGAUCUGCUCUACCUGACCCCCCAGCAGGCGUGGAUCGACCCCUCGUAUCGCGCCUUCGUGGCCGCCUGGGUGCGGUGCGUCGAGAGCCGCAUGAGCGCCUCCCAGCCCCGGCCGCGCGCGGUGCUGCAGGACGAGCGGCAGCUGGAGCGGCCGCAGGCCUUCCUGGAGGAGUUUCUGGCGGCGUAUCCCCGCGCGCGCGAGGAUGUGAUCGUCCGGGAUGAUGAGAAUCAGCUGGCGAUGCUGUACAAGCAGCCGGGCCGCAAGCCGCUGCCCUUUAUCAUUGCGCUGGACGAGUCGUUCGAGUACUGGUUCAAGAAGGACUCGCUGUGGCAGUCGGAGCGGCUGGAGGCGGUGGUGGAUCAGGAUGUUGGCCGGAUUUGCGUCCUGCAUGGCCCUGUCGCGGCGCAGUACACCACCGUGGCCGAUGAGCCGGUCCAGCAGAUCCUCGAUGCCAUCCACAAGCCGCACGUGCAGACGCUGCUGCAGCAGGACUACGCGGGCAGCGAGGAGAGGGUGCCCGCGGUGGAGUAUCUGUACUCGGCCGGGGCGUCGCCCUCGCCCUCGUUGGGGAUGGCGGAGGAGGUGCCCUAUGUCCAUCACAGUCGGUCCUACGACCCGCCGACGCUGGCCUACGACCUGGACGCACACGCCGACGCCGACUCCCUGCCCAGCGAGGAGCAGUGGUUGGCCUUGCUGGGCGGGACGAAGCCCUCGUGGCGCCAGGCGCUGCUCACGCUGAACGAGCUCGUGCAGGGCAAGGCGCUGGCGACCAACCCGGUCAAGGGGCUGUUCGCCCCGCGCCCGGGCCUCAGUGUGCGCAUCUUGCACCCGGACCGGCCGGAGCAGACGGUGAUUCUGAUGCGGCAGAGCACGAAGACCCAGGAGCCCGACGAGGCCACGGUGGAGAUCCGCGCCCUGUCCGCCACGGAUCUGAUGCUCACCCUGCGGGCCCCCGUCGCCGGGGGGCCCCUCCCCGUGGAUCUCGUCUUUUACUUCACCUACGAGCCCACGUGUGGCCGUCACCCCAUCCACGAGGUGAUGGAGACGCGCAACCAGCGCAUCAGUCGCUUCUACGAGCAGCUCUGGGUGGGCGACGAGCAGCAACCGCAGCACCAGCAGCAGCAUUCGGGCGAGGAGAGCGUGCUGGUGACGCGCGAGGCGAUUCGGGAGUUCACCACGGCCAUCGACAACCGCAAUAGUGCAUACAGCGGCAAGUCCAAGGCCAAGGUGCUGGCCCCGCUGGACCUGGCGAUGGUGGUGGCGUGGAAGCCCCUGAUGCGCUGUCUCUUCACGGACGAGGCGGUCCGGGGGGAUCUCCUGCAGCUGCUGCACUUGAAGAACGAUUUCGAGGUGCUGGACGAGGCCCGCCCCAUCCGCGAGGGGGAUCGACUCACCUCCACGGCGGAGAUCGAGUCCAUCCGCAUUCGUCCGGAGUCGGGCAAGGUGGUUCGCGUGCGCGCGACGAUCGCCCGCCAGGGCACCCCGAUCAUCACGGUGGCCAGCGAGUUCAUCCUGCAGGGACGGUACGAGGACUACCACCACACGGUGGAGAAGGAGAAGACCGAGGAGGUGUACAAGCUGCCGCUGCAGUCGCGCCGGGAGGUGAUGCUGCUGGCCUCGAAGCCCUGGUUCCAGCUCGCGGCCGGCGCCCGCCUCGACGACCAUCUGCACGAGGAGCUGACCUUCCGUCUGCGCAGCUCGUAUCGCUUCCGCGAUGCCAGCGCCUACAGCGAGAUCGAGACCCGCGGGACGGUCAGCUGCACCGUCGGCACCGGCGAGGUGACCAUCGGCACGGUGGCCUUCAAGAGCCACUCGCACUUCAAGAACCCGGUGCUGGACUUCCUGCAGCGCCGCGGCCAGGUGGCGACGGAGGUCAAGCCCUUCCCCACGGCCGUCCCGCUGGCGACGGACCUGCCCCUCGUCAUGCCGCACUCCAGCACCGCGUAUGCCGCCGCCUCGGGCGACAGCAACCCCAUCCACCUGUCGCGGGCCUUCGCGCGGUACGCGGGCCACGAGGGCCGGGUGGUGCACGGGAUGCAGACCAGCGGGCUCGUACGGGGGCUGGUCGAGCUGCACGCGGCGGAGAACGAUCCGACGCGGAUGAAGAGCUGGUCGGCCUCGUUCAAGGGCAAGGUGACCCCCGGGGAGACGCUGCUGGUGGAGCUGCAGCACACGGGGAUGCACCGCGGCCGGCUGCUGGUCGUCGCCAGCGCGCGGUCCGCCGCGUCCGGGGUCGAGGUCUUCCGGGCGACGGCCGAGGUGGCGCAGAAGCCCGGGGCGUAUCUGUUCACGGGCCAGGGGAGUCAGAAGCCCGGGAUGGGGAUGGAUCUGUACGAGACGAGCGCGGCGGCGCGCCAUGUCUGGGACACGGCCGAGCGGUUCUUUGUGAACACGUAUGGGGUCUCGAUCCUGGAGAUUGUGCGCCACAACCCCAAGGAGUACACGGUGCACUUCGGGGGCCGUCGGGGCAAGGCGAUCAGGGAUAACUACAUUGCGCUGGACUUCGAGGUCGUCAAUGACCAGGGGGCGAUCGAGUCGGUGCGCGCCUUCAAGGAGAUCACCCCGACCACCCGCUCCUUCACCUACACCUCGACGGGGGGGUUGCUGCAUGAGACGAUCUUCACGCAGCCCUCGCUGGUGCUCAUGGAGCUGGCGCGCAUUGAAGACAUGCGGGAACGGGGGUUGAUCAACGAGGACAGCUGCUAUGCGGGCCACUCGCUGGGCGAGUACUCGGCACUGGCGGCCAUGGGGGAGAUCUUCACCUUCGAGGGGGUGACAGCAACCGUCUUCUAUCGGGGGUUGACGAUGCAGAAGUCCAUCGAGUUGGAUCACUCCGGCCGGGACUAUUCCAUGGUGGCUGCGAACCCGAGUCGGGUGUCAAAGAAUCUCAAAGAAUCCGAUCUCUGCGACAUCGUCAAGGCCGUCGAAUCCGCCACCGGAGGACUGUGCGAGAUUGUCAACUUCAACGUGAAGUCCACGCAAUAUGUCUGUGCUGGUGAUCUCCGAAGUUUGGACUGCCUCGCAGGCGUCAUCGACCACCUCGUCGCCCACCCUAAGCUUCUCACCUCCAUGGAAGCCCUCAAGGCCGCCAUCCCCGACAUCGUGCGGGACUGCCUCGCGCACACCGACACCAAACCGACCCCGUUGGAGCUGCAGCGCGCAAAGGCCACCAUCCCCUUGAAAGUCAACGUCCCCUUCCACAGCAGUCUGCUUCGUCCGGGGGUCGACACCUUCCGUCGCAGUCUCUGCAAGGCCAUCCCCGAGCACAUGGUGCGGCCGGAGAAGCUGAUCGGGAAGUACAUUCCGAACCUCACGGCCCGGCCGUUUGAGUUGAGUAAGAGUUAUUUCGAGCAGGUGCUGGAGAUCUCGGGCAGUCCGCGGGUGAGGGAGAUCUUGGAGAAUUGGGAGCAGGUGGCGCCUGUUGCGGUUUGUUGAUGUGAAAAUGUGUUGGCUGGUUUUGUUUCGUUGUUUUCGAUUGGAUGUUUGCUGUAGAUAAUCCUCUUUUCUCUUAUUUGAU